AUGGCUGCUUCUCUUCCUGACCUUUGCCUUAAAUCAAUAUUCAAAGAUUUGGAUGAUGAUUUAAAGUCGCAAUAUUCCUUCAUCUUGAUUAAUCGUCAUUGGUGUCUUUCAGUGAUCUCUGAAUUAUGGCGAAAUCCUUUUGAUUCUUGCAAUAAAAAAGAUCAAAAUGUAAAAAUAAUAGAUACUUAUCUUAAAUGCUUACCUCAAGAUAUGCGAGACGAAAUUGGUGUUCAAUCAAUUAAAUCAUUAACAGAGGCUACUUUUGAUUACCCAAGUUUUCUACGCUAUAUCAAUGAUACAAGUAUUUUUUAUAGUGCUAAAUAUUGGGCUGCUGAAAUAUUCCCUGAUGACUUUGAAAUUCAAUCGAAUGUAGCUCAUAAAAUACAAGAGUUAUUAUGUCGACAUUUUAUAUCUUGCUCAACAACAAUAAAAGGAAUUACUGUGGAUUGUGAACACAACAUAAACAUCUUUGAUCUUCCUGGCGCCACAAAAAGUCUAUCCAAACUUGAAAUAUUCAAUUGUAGAAUAUUUAGAACUGCCGGUUGUUUACCUGAAAUUUUAGAUUCCGCCUUCGAAAUUUCUAAAAAUGUUCAAAAUUUGGAUAUUUGGUUAAGCUCAGAAGAAAAUAUGGGUACAACUAUCAACAAAAUGUCAAAAUUUAUUGAAUGCCAACGUAAUUUAAAAGUGAUCUUAAUCGGUUCAUCUGAAGAUGAUUUUCCGAUUCUUUGGCAGAGUACAUUAACUCAUGUAGAUACUUUGGUCCAUAUUCAAAUCAGUUCUAUCAUAUUUAACCCUUCACCUUUCCAACUUUAUGAUUUGGCUUCGUUCAAAAAUCUGGAAACCUUGGAAAUAGAAUAUUGUGAUAAUUUCAUUUUUUCUAAUUAUGGCAAAAUGGUUUCAUCGGCUUUUCAAAAAAUGAAACGAAUAUCGUUAAAGACUUGUAGAGAUUUUCCUUCUCAUUUCAUAGAGGCCCUUUUUUCUCAAGCUAAAGAAAACAUGCUUCAAGUAGAAUUAUUUGGUCUUGAAGAUUACGAAUCAAUUUUUCAAUCAUGUAUAAAAUAUUGUAAGAAAAUUACAAGAUUUCACGGUUCAAUUGUAAUUCAACAAACUUCUCUUCUUCUUGAAAUGUUAAAAACUUGUAAAGAUCUUCAAGAUAUCCUUAUUGAAGAUUUAUCUCACGAACCUGAACGUGGAUGUACAUCGAUCACAUUAUUCGAUGCUAAUAAUUUCAUACGAAAACUCGGUGAAGCCAUGCCAGAGAAUGUACAUAUGCUGACUUUAAAGAUAAAUUGGGUAUUUUCGUCAAAAUCUUUAGAUGACCUUUUUAAAAAGUUUAAGGCAACAAAUUUAAAAAUAUUGGAUUUUUCUGGAUUAUCAUUUAUCUCUGAUGAUCAUCUUGAAGUCAUUAUUAAACGGUGUGGUGGAAAAUCAAAGGAAUUAUAUUUGACUCAUAGUUAUUAUUUUUCAAAUGAAGUGGUUGAAAAGGCUCGAAAUAGUUUCCGAAAAGUUAUCUUUGUGAAGGAUCAAUCGUUAUCAAACGAGUUUGAUGACUUUGAUGACUUUGAUGAAUACGAUGACUUGAUGUUGGAUGAAAUUCUAAGUUUGCAGAUGGAAGAUGAAUUUAUUUACGGGUGUUAUGAAGAUGAUUACGGUGAACUAUACGGUAGUUACUACGAUGAUAGUGAUGGUGAUGAUGAGGAAUUGUAUUCAGACGACGAAAACAGUGGUUAUGCUGAUUCUGAAAACGAUGAUUAUGAUUCAGAACAAAGUGACUGCAUUUGA